CCUUGGACCACCUCUCCCUGUUUGGCCUGGCCACUUCAGCCUUUGUGUUGGUAACUGGAUGUGCAAAUAUGGUCCUCAUGGCUGUCCUGUGGGUUCUCUACCUCUCGUUGGUCAAUGUUGGACAGAUCUGGAUGGGAAUCGCAGCUCCUGGAAACGGGGUUCCUGGGGAUAUUCCUCUGCCCACUCUGGACACUCUCCCGCCUGCCCCGGCACACGCCUCCUUCCAGCAUCAUCAUCUGGAGCUUUCGGUGGCUGAUUUUCAGGAUCAUGCUUGGAGCGGGUCUCAUUAAAAUUCGAGGAGAUCGCUGCUGGAGAGAGUUAACUUGUAUGGAUUAUCACUACGAGACGCAGCCAGUGCCCAACCCCAUCGCCUACUUCAUGCAUCGCUCGCCAUGGUGGUUUCACCAGUUCGAGACCCUGGUCAAUCACUUCAUCGAGCUGGUGGUGCCCUUCUUUCUCUUCCUGGGACGACGGAUGUGCAUCCUACACGGCCUCUUGCAGAUCCUCUUCCAGGUGCUUCUGAUACUAAGUGGAAACCUGAGUUUCCUCAACUGGCUGACCAUCGUGCCCAGCAUCGCCUGCUUCGAUGAUGCCAGCCUGGGCUUCCUCUUCAGCUCCCGGCCAGGAGGGGUGAAAGAGCGGGUGGUGCAGAUGCGGCUCAAAGAUGCAGCCAGGGAGCAGCUUCCCCUGGGCUGCUACGUCCGCAAAGUGGUGAACAUCUCCUUCGGCCUCCUGAUCGCUUAUCUCAGCAUCCCAGUUGUCCUAAACCUGCUCAAUUCCAGACAAGUCAUGAACACGUCAUUCAACCCUCUCAGAAUAGUGAACACCUACGGAGCCUUUGGGAGCAUUACCAAGGAGAGAACAGAAGUUAUUCUUCAGGGGACAUCUAGCCUGGAUCCCAAUGACCCCGCUGCUGUCUGGGAGGAGUAUGACUUCAAAUGCAAGCCCGGAGACUUGAAGAGGAGGCCAUGCUUUAUCACCCCCUACCACUACCGCCUGGACUGGCUUAUGUGGUUCGCUGCCUUCCAGACCUAUGAGCAGAAUGAAUGGAUAAUCCAUUUGGCUGGGAAGCUGCUGGCCCAGGAAGAGGAGACCUUGUCCUUGAUGGCAACGAACCCAUUUGCAGGCAGAGCACCCCCACGGUGGAUCCGAGGGGAACACUUCAAGUACAAAUUCAGCCGACCCGGGGGGAAGCAUGCCAGUGAGGGGAGAUGGUGGAUUCGGAAGAGGAUCGGGCCUUACUUUCCCCAUGUCAACCUCCAGGGCCUGAAGAAGUUUUAUGAAGACAGGAAUUGGCCGUACCCCCUGCGGGACUGAUGGAGGAGGAUGGGCAAGGUCAAAAGGGACUGGCUGGGGAGGAGGAAGAGCAGUCGGCUCCCUUACAGACUGCAUGUCUUGCCUCUCUCUGUAUUUUUCAUCCAUAUCCUUCUUUACACAUAUUUCACAGAAGGUUCCCAGCCAACCUGUUCACCUGCUUUUGUUCUCUGUUUUUUCUCAUCAUUCUCUUUCUUUCUGUUCAUCCUUCUGGCCACAGCAUCACAGGCACAGCCUGAUGAUUGAUUUAUUUGCCAGGCUGCUCCGUUUGGAAAUCGUCAGCACAAGAAUUUUCAAAAAAGGUGAAUAAAUACCACAGUUAGUUUUGGGUGGGUGUUGGUGUUGCUUUCACCAACCCGUUGCUUUGUGUGAUGGCUGCAGAGGCAUGAGGGGAGACUUUGGGGCAGCCUCCUGCCUCAACCAGUGCCCCCUCAGGGCUCACAGCUUUCCUGAGGUCUGACAUCAGGCAGAGCACCCAGGUCCUGCUCCUUCAUCCCAUCCUACCCCCAUGUGGGCCACAAGCACUGAGCCUUCAAAGCUGCUUUAUUCCCAGCAUAGCUGUGCCCACGCUGCCCUCGCUGUCGCCCUGGGAAGAGUCUGUCUGUCCCACAGUUCAUCCCUGGGGCAGCACAGUGAGCCGGGGCUGGGCAGUGCCCCCAGGCUGGGAGAAACACCCUGGGACCUCAGCCUGAAUUUCCCUUGUCCCUCCUGUUUGCUUUGGAGUCCCUCCUCAUCUCGGUCUGUGUUUAGAAUCAUCCCAAAUUGUCUCACCACGUGGGUUUUGCUUGGUGAGCCCAAAUCACAGUGAUCACAGGGAGGUGAGAGCAAGAACGGUGUCUGAAACAGCCAGCAACUGGCCGGGGUAGUUUAUAAUAAUCGAUUGCUUGUUAGCACAUUCUGUUGCACACGUUUCUUCUUGCAGGGGAAAAAAAAAAAAAGAUCAAAGCAACCUGUGUAAUGUAUAAAACCCCGUUGUAUCAGGCUUGUCUGCAAAAAGCCACAGGUUUACUGAGAAACCCGAAAUAGCUCCUUGCUGGAGCUGCCCUGCGGGCUCUGUGGCUCAGCCCCGAGGACAAGCGCAGCCCUGUGCGGCCACCCCGUCCCGUGGCCCGUCGCUGCCGAUGCUCGCGGGCUGCCCCGGCGGCAGCGGCCGGGUUGGAAAGGUGGUCGGAGUCAACAAGUCUGCCGCCAGCCCCACCGCGUUUAAACAGGUCUUGUUUUAACGGGCCCUGGCCUGGCAGCACAGAGGCGCUGGGCUGCGCCUUCCUGUUUGCUUAACCUGGGAUUUUUAUAACUGAUGCUUUUUGUUGGUGGCCCUGGGGCUGAAAUCUGCCUGUUUGGAGGGAGUUUGGUGCCGGAGGUGUCUGAGCGGCCGGCGUUCGGGAGGAGCUGAGCAUCCCACGGGCAUGGUCCAGCGCCGACAGCAUCACGGCCAAGCAGGAGAGGGCAGGGAGCAGCACAGAAAGGGGCUUGCCAGGCUUUUCCCCCUGGGUUUUUGCAGUGGCUUUUGCCUUGCCUGCCCUGGAGAGGAAUUCCAGUGGCCAGAAAGCUUACAAUAAGGCUUUCACCUUUCUAGAGUGAAUUCAGCCCAAGCCACAAGCGAAGGGAAAAGCGUUGCUGGAUGCUGGGCUGUGAAGCAGCCCGUUACCUCCUCGCCAGGGGCCACCAACCCAGCAGGGACCGAUGGGCACCGUGGGAGGCAGAGGUGGUGGCCACGUCUUUGCUCCUGUCCCAGGGGCUCAUCCAGCUGAGUCCAUCCCCUCCUGUGCGAGAUGUGCCAAAAGCAGCUGAAUGAGGUUUUGAAAGAAAAAACAGGUCCAAACUGGGAAAGGCAAGCCAGCAGGUAAAGCUGCCACCGGCGCUGACAUGGGGCAGCACAGGCUGUGGAUGUGGGCACAGAAAUGCCAUUUUACACAUUUCUUCCCCCUUUUUAACUGCGUGCACUGAAUGGGCACCAGUGAGAGUGUAUUUCUGGAAAGGAAUUAAAGCAAACAGCUCUUGAAUAA